AUGGAUCCAUACCCGGUCCGGUCGGCAUCACGCCCGGUGUCCGAUUCGGUGGUGUUUGUGAUGGGGAACACUGGUGCGGGAAAGACGACCUUUAUCUCGGCACUCACGGGCCAGGACGAGGGAAUUGUCCAUGCACUUAGCUCCGGCACGACCAAAGUUGCGAUCUCAAACGUCGAGUUCAGAGGAAAGGUGAUCCAACUUAUCGACACCCCCGGCUUCAACGACACCUGGCGAUCUGAUGACGACAUCCUAAAAGAGAUUGCCUUCAUGCUCAGCAAGGUGUAUGUCCACGGAUACAAAGUCGCCGGUGUGCUCUACCUGCAUCGGAUAUCGGACAAUAGGGUACCCGGUUCGGCGCUGAGAAGCCUCAGGAUGCUCGAGAAGAUCUGCGGCCUCGCAGCUGCUCCGCGCAUCUUCCUAGUGUCCACAAUGUGGAACCAGAUCCGUGGUAACAGCGGUUUUAUGGAGCAGGCGGAAGCCACCGAAGCGGAACUGAAAGCGAUCCCCGAGUAUUGGCAGCGUCUAUGCGAGCACGGAGCACACGUGAGGAGGUUCUGGGCAGAUACCAAUUCCGCCGUCUCAAUCCUGGAUAAUAUCGUCGAUCAGAGUGAGACACUGGACCUGACACCGCUCCGAAUCCAGACGGAGCUUGUGACUGAGCAGAAACGGCUUUACCAGACUGGGGCGGGCGAGGCGUUGUUGGCAUUCCACGAUCUGCACGGCCAAGAGUGCACGGAUGACAAAAGCGCAACCCCUCGUCCAAAGAAGACGGCGGCACAUGGUAGCAGAUCCAGGGCAGACGUCUCGGUCAGUUUGGAGGCUCUAAUGAUCGAAAGGGAGAGAGCAUAUCGUACCAUUCUCGAGCAGACAGAGUCUCAGCACCAUGUCUUGGUCGAGGAUCUACACCAAAAGCAAUCUGCAUGCAGGCAACUCAGAGCUGAUCAUAAUGCUACCCUGGAAACGAUGAGAGAAAUCGAAACAGAUUGGGCUGCAAAGCAGGCAAUACUUGAUGACCGGCAAAGACCUCAAGCACAGCCGAUGUUCAACAGAGACCAAGAUCUCCAAAGGUUGAGGGAGGAACAACGUCACGUAAAGGAGCAAUAUUACGAACUAGAGACCGAGAGCAGAGAGAAAAUCGAGAAUACAGAGGAGACCGUUCAGCGCUUGCGGAAGAGGGAGGUAAUGAGGCGAAAUAUUCUCCCUUUCCUCGGUGUCCUGGCAGGGGGCGGCGUCAUUGCUGCAGGAGCUGUCACGGGAAUUGUGCCCUUGCUUGGUCUAGGAGCGGGCUUCGCUCUCAGCAGUCUCGACAGGUUGAAACUUUCUCGAAAACAGGGACGCAAGGAUGCCGAAGGCAAGCCCGGCAAUAUGGCGUCAAUGUCGAGUACCAGCAUGGAGGAUUCACGUGAAACAUGA